GUUUGAAAAGGGCGACAUGGAAGCUAAUAAUACUUCAAAUGUAGCUUCGUCAGAGACGAAAGACCUCGGCAGGGCUCUUUGCAUCAUAACAGGAGCGUCCAAAGGUUUCGGAAGAUGUCUUGCUAAAGAAAUAUCAGCUCUCCUAAAACCGGGCUCGGUGCUCGUCCUGGUUGCCAGAUCUGAAGAUAAGCUGCGGGAACUGCAGGAGGAUUUAUCCUCGGGUAGAGACGGUCUGCUUAUCCGCUGUGUGGUUGCAGAUCUGGGGCAGAAAGAUGGAGUGGAAAGCGUUAUAAAAGAACUCAGAGAGACACCAAGCUCUGAUAUCAACAGCCUUUACCUGUUUAAUAACGCAGCUUCACUGGGCGAUGUUUCACGCUUCUUCCGAAGCUUCACUGACAUGGACGAAGUUGACCGGUAUCUGUCGAUGAACGUGAGCUCAGCGCUGUGUUUGACUGCUGGGAUCCUGAAGGUGUUUCCAGCUCACGUGGGUCUGCGCCGCUGUGUGGUGCAUGUGAGCUCUCUGUGUGCUCUGCAGCCUUUUCCCUCCUGGGUGCUCUACUGCACGGGUAAAGCGGCACGCAACAUGAUGUUCCGCGUGCUGGCCAAGGAAGAGUCUGAGCUCAGGGUUCUCAACUAUGCUCCAGGCCCUCUGGACACAGAAAUGCAUGUCCAUGCUCGAUCCAACACAGCGGACGACAAUAUUAGAUCGGCUCUUACGGCAAUGCACUCUGAGGGCCGCCUGCUGACCUGCGAAGAGUCCGUGGGGAAGCUGAUCAAGGUCCUGUUAAAGGACGACUAUGAAUCUGGAGCUCAUCUAGACUUUUAUGAUUUGUAAUAAAUUCAGGACACUGAUCAGCCAUAGCAUUAAAGCCACCUGCCUAACAUUGUACAGCCAAAACAGCUCUUCGAAGAAUGGACUCAAUGGACCCAAGACCUGUGAAGGUGUUUAAAUAGGUGGCACGUGUCAGAGUAACACCCAAGGUAUCUCAGUAGAACAUUGCCCAGAACAUCACACCGCCUCCGCCAGCUUGCCUUCUUUGGGCACUCUGACCAGUCUACGGCUACGCAGCCCCAUACGCAGCAAGUUGCGAUGCACUGUGUUCUGACACCUUUCUAUCAUAUAAGUUUCCAUCCACUUUUUGUGCAUUUCUUUCUUUGGCAUUGUGAAUGUGCAUUAAAAAAAC